AUGACCAUUCAUGUCGUACUCCCCACUUCCUCUCAGGCUGGUCCUAGUUCCCCCCUUCACCUCGAAAACCCAGUCGCGUCUCAAGCCUUGUCCCAGGUGGUCAAUCAACUCGGUCGUGCAAAGCGUAUAGUCGUCGUUUCUGGCGCAGGGGUAUCUACCGCAGCUAGUAUCCCUGACUUUCGUUCCGGUUCCGGCAUCUUUUCCAAACCUCGCAGAGGGCAUGAUGUCAGGGACUUGUUCCAUGUCAAAGCGCUAUCGUCACCUUCUCUCCUUCAUGCACAUCGUCAAUUACUAAAUGAACUUUCCUCCCUCUCCCUCUCCGCUUCUCCGACACCUUUCCAUAUUUACCUCAAAAACCUCGACAAUCAAGGUCGUCUUCUUCGUUGUUAUACCCAGAACAUUGAUGGUCUGGAACUGAGAGCUGGACUUUCAGUCGGACUACCACCUCAUCUUCCUCAACCCUCCUCUCGAAAACGAAAACGGCCCUCUAGUCCUCCUGAUCCGAAUAUCGAUCCAGCCUUAUUCACUCCAAUUCCUCUCCUUCGAACUCCGAUCGAAACUCCGACUCAAGCUGCUCCUCGUUGUAUACCCUUACAUGGUCAAUUAGACCAUUUAAAUUGUCCCUUGUGUUCUUCUUCCUUCCCAUUGAUUUCUUUCCUUCCUCUUCCUUCUGAAGCGAUGUCAUGUCCAACAUGUAGUAUAGCUUCGACCAUCCGAACAGCCUUGGCGGAGAGACAAAGGAGAAUAGGUCAUUUACGUCCUAGUGUGGUAUUGUAUGGCGAGGAACAUCCCGAAGGCGAAGCAAUAGGUGCCGUCGUAGAGAGGGAUUUACGAGGUACCGGAUCUGUGAAAAAUGGUCAAAGAGAGGGGAAAGUAGACUUUUUGUUGGUGACAGGGACAAGUUUGACUAUUCCUGGAGUGAAGAGGAUAGUCAAGGAAAUGGCUAGGAGUUUGCGACAAGGGAACAAAAGAGGAAAAGGUAAAGGGAAAGAUAUCAAGACGGUUUUUGUUAAUGCCGAACCUGCUAAAGGGGAUUGGGAAGGUGUAUUCGAUAUUUGGAUUCAAGGCGACAUACAAGAGUUCAUUACGACUUAUCUUGAUUCUUCCCUCUCUACAUCGAUGUCAUCCGAAGGAGUUGUAACACCUUCACUCGACGUCGUAAACCCAAUAACCCCUACUAAACCCAAAUCCGGCCAAAAUGGACAGUACGAAGAAAAGGAGACUUACCUACCUACACCCCCGAAGACUGGUUCUUCCCAAGGAAAGAAGUCGACAAGAACAUCAAGUGAUCUUCCUACACCAACGCCAAAACGACGGAAGCCUCAUGAUCAACCAUUUGACACCCCGACCAAAACGUACGAUUUGACGUCGAGUAGGAAUGAGAAUGGUGAACGAUGGUUACCCACUCCAAGAUCGACGCCUGUCAAAAGGAUUGUCGAUUCACGGAAAGAGGAGAACGAAGUGGAUGAUGAUCCUUUCGCUUGUCUUGCUUUGGGUGCUUGAGUGGAGGAAGGUUACGUUGGUACAUAAUUACCGUUUUGGAAGCUUGAAUGAGCAGCAUCGAGUCAUGGCAUUGCUCAGUCUUGGAUGGGUUUGGCCGUGUUCGAUUAUCUUGAUGUUCAAAGGGUGAUUUUUCUAGUGGGAAUGUCAGAUGAUCUCGCGAUGCGGAAGGAUUACAUGUCUCAAUGAACUUGGAUGGGGUGAUGGUGAGAUGGUGAGACGGACUUAUUGCUUGUCAUGUACCAACUGUUACUUCAAUGUCGGAGUCAUGGGAAACCUUGUAGCAGUGGAAUAAUCAAGACAAAUUCAUAUGCAUUUUUCAUGUUG